GUAGUCAACCUUUACCUUCUGACAUUUUCAGCAACAGCUUUCAGUCUGUCAGCUUUUGUUUCUGCAGGAUGUGUCGCAGCUGCGUCCCGCGCUGAUAAAACUGUUGUAUUUCAUGAUCAGAUGCAAAGUCACUUCCUACAGUUAGCUCACACACCAUCCCCUGCCAGGAGGAUCCGCUCAGAUGCAGCCUGACAAAUGACCGGCGAGCAUCUCUUCAGAGGAAAUUACCCUGAAACUCGUCAUCGUGCAUUUAUCAUUGAAAACCCAGAGCAGGCUUGAAGCUGUUAGAAGGUUUGCUGAAGACUGCAGAUUAGUUUCACACAGCUCGGCCCGCGACAACAGGAAACGAGAGAAAAAGCGCCACUGACGCAGAACUGAAACCUGCAUCGGUGAAGGCUCGGCCCUUGUGUCUCUGUAGCUUCAGUUUCACUAUGUCCUCCCGGCUGUCUGUGACUUGAGGCGAUGGAGAGCCCGUCCUCCACUGUGAGGCGGCGAGCCUGGAUCAACAGCAGCCGACAGUGGCCCACUCUGGAGGAACUGGACCCCGAAGGGCCGCUGUGCAACCUCCCGUCUGCCUCCAUAGCAGAUGACGAUGUCUUUUCCGAUGGAUGCUUCACAGGAAAGAUUGAGAACUGGCUCCUGCGUUGUGGGUCAGAGGCCUGCUCAGAGAAUACUGGCCAGCUGAGUUUUGAGUCUGUGCUCAAAGCCAACAACUUAGACGAUGACCUGAGUCUUGGUGCUGAUGCUUCUUUGUUAAAUGGAGGAGGAAUUUCACGUGAAGCUGGCCGCGCACGUCGUCCUUCCCUGAAACAACAACACAGCAGACUCAACAGCAGCACCCCUCGUACUGGACUAUGUCCGCCGUCACUGAACUUGGGCCACAGCAUGGCCUCCAGCUGCCUGUCCUCCUCCACCUGUAAAACCACAUCAAGUGUGUCCGAGAUCCUGCAGAUGUGUUCUGAGGAUGCAGAGGAGACGUUGUAUGAGCUGGGUUUCGGCUGCGAUGAGCCACAGGUCACUGUUCGCAUCCCUCCUCGCUUCUUCACCUUCCCCUCUCAGGCUCAGGGCAUCAACUUCCGCCUGUUCUUGGAUGCACAGCUGCGGCGGAUACGAGAGGAGGACCCCAGCCUCUCUCUUGCUAGCCGUUUCAGACAAGUCCAAGUGCUCACAGCAAUGGCCAACGCUUUUUACUCCCUCUACUCCCACGUGUCCCGCACCCCUCUUCAGAAACUCGCCACGCCGGAGUUCACUUUCUCGUCUCCCGUGGAGAGGAUCGAACGCUUCAGGAGCAGUGUCCGCAGUGAGCCGCGUUCUCCGGUGGAGAGGCUGAAGGACACCGUCUCCAAGAUGUGCCUCUACACAGGCUCUCCUCGCGGGUCAGACUCCACCUCUCCGCAGCCCUCACCCAGGAAAAGGUCCAGCCUCCCUGAUGUUGUGGAUAUAGUCCUGGUGAAAGCCAAGACCGGGGCUUCCAAGAAACUGGAAUUGGGGGAAUAUACCAGGAGUAAUUCAGCUGUAGAUGUUAGGCUGGUCAGGGAUGAUGAUAAAUCCUGUAACAGAUGGAGAGAAGAGCAAACACAGCAGACCGUGGUAGACACAGACAUCCUUCAGAAUGGAAAUAAAAUCUGUCACAAUGACACGCAUAGUAGCAAACAAACAGAUAAUGAUGACGCUGAUAAAAACAGUGUCCGACCAACAGACACCGACAGCAGGACUCACAGUCUGAGAACAUCUCUAGCCUCAACCAUAUCAGGAGACACCGUGAUAGAAACAGAUCAUCACUUUCUUUCAUGUCAGGCUGAGCAGAUCUCAUAUUCCACACAAAGUGAUACAAGGAGAGCUGAGCUAAAGCCUGUUGCCAAGGUUACGUAUGAUCGAAUCUGCCCGCAGAUAGUCGAGAGCGUGCACCAGGCGCCUUUCUGCUCUCAGCACGCACACAGCCCAAAAGCAAACACAUUACCUCCUAUCUGCUCUGAGACAGAAAGUCCUGGAUCACACAAACCCUGUGUACAAAGCCCUAUCUCUGGGCCUGAUGUUGCCUUUUCAGGAGAGGCCAGAUUGGCUGAUGCAUCCGGACCACUUCCUGUCCUGGCCUCCAAUGCCAACCAUACCCAUUACUGCAUCACCGUGACUGGCUGGGAGGGGGACGAUGCCUCUUCCUGUUCCUUGAACACGCCAGAUUCCAGUCAUACUUCCACUGUCCCUCUUGUCCAGACAUGUGAGGAGAACUUGAACAGGGGGAAAAGCCAGUACCUGAAUCCACUGACACAUCGGGGCCUGGGGGAUUUCUCCAGUAACGUAAAACAGGCUAACUCUUUUGAUCUGGAGGAGCUGCAUAGUGCGGGAGAGGAGGAUUAUGGACAGACUGAUGCUACAUUGUCCACAGGACGUCACCACAAAGGUCAGACUGCAGCUGCACAUGUGCAAUGGUUUACAGCGCAUGGAGUCGUUUGCUCGACUGUGCUCGUGUCCUUGUGUCCCUGUCUAGGUGAAGUUGGCCGGGGUGACAGCAUGCAGUCAGACAGCAGCGGCUAUGCAGAUGAAGAAGUCAGUCCCUCAUCAGACAGACACGGGAGAUGACAGGAAAACACAGAGCUCCAUGUAAACAACGUUCAAAGUAGUGUUUGGAAAGUGCGUCCACGCAGGGACCAACAGUCAAACAGGCCCGAAGGAGUUAAAUGUCAUGUUUUUGUAAGAGACUUACACCACAUGUGAAGCUUUCAAAGGCUUUACACUGAAGAAGCUUUUUUUGCAAUAAGGAACAUUUCUGCAAAGCAUUACAUUCUCCCCCAGUGUUCAUUCUGAAUACAGAAUAUUGUAAAUAAAUAAACAUUUAAGUUGUUUAAAGCCUUUGAUGAAA